AAUUUUGGGCGAAGACACCAGACCACAAUUAUUAGGCAAAGACACCAGACCACCAUUAUUAGGCGAAGACACAAAACCACGAUCAUUAGGCGAAGAUACUAAACCACAGUUAUCAGAAGCAAACAUUAUUGUUAGAAAAUGA